AUGGCGACGGAGACGGUGCUCAGGACCAAAGUCAAGAUCGGCAAGAAUGAAAAGCUCCCCCCAGAGAAUGUCCGGUUCAUGCAAGCAUGUAAUGACAUUGCACGCGCUCUCGUCCAAGAAUAUGAGGCCAGCCUGGAUGAGACGAAACCCAAGAAGGAUGUCAACCUCAAUAAACUGAGAGGUGAUGUCGCCAAAAAGCACAGGCUGAGCAACUUGCCUCCGCUGACCGCCAUCCUGGCUGCUGUCCCGCCGGAGUUCAAGAAACACCUGAUGCCAAAGCUGAUUGCGAAACCGGUAAGAACAGCCUCGGGUAUUGCCGUGGUUGCCGUCAUGUCGAAGCCGCAUCGAUGCCCACACAUUGCCUGGACGGGGCACGCUUGCGUCUAUUGCCCAGGCGGUCCUGACUCCGACUUCGAGUACUCGACCCAGUCUUACACAGGAUACGAGCCGACCUCCAUGCGCGCUAUUCGUGCGCGGUAUGAUCCAUUUGAACAGGCACGUGGAAGAGUCGAUCAGAUCAAGUCUCUCGGACAUAGCGUGGACAAAGUUGAGUUCAUCAUCAUGGGUGGAACAUUCAUGUCCUUGCCACAGGAUUACCGUGACAAUUUUGUCGCGCAACUACACAACGCGUUAUCAGGUUACCAGACCGAAAAUGUCGACGAGGCAGUCAUGGCAGGAGAGAUGUCGAGCAUCAAGUGCGUUGGAAUCACCAUCGAGACAAGGCCCGACUUCGGACAGAUCGACCACCUUUCUGACAUGCUGAGAUAUGGAUGUACCCGACUGGAGCUUGGUGUCCAGUCUUUGUAUGAGGACGUGGCUCGAGACACCAAUCGGGGCCAUACAGUCGCUGCAGUGGUGGAAGCGUUCAAAUUCUGCAAAGAUGCUGGAUUCAAGGUUGUUUCGCACAUGAUGCCCGAUUUGCCCAACGUUGGCAUGGAGCGCGAUAUCUUCCAAUUCCAAGAAUAUUUCGAGAACCCAGACUUCCGAACAGAUGGCCUGAAGAUCUACCCUACGCUUGUGAUCCGUGGUACAGGACUCUACGAGUUGUGGCGGACUGGUCGAUUCAAGAACUAUACCCCCAACGCGCUUGUGGAUCUGGUGGCGAGAAUUCUGGCACUGGUCCCUCCUUGGACGAGGAUUUACCGUGUACAGCGGGACAUUCCCAUGCCCUUGGUAACAUCUGGGGUCGAGAAUGGCAAUCUGCGCGAGCUUGCCUUGUCGCGAAUGAAGGAUUUCGGCACUACAUGUCGGGACGUUCGAACGCGGGAAGUCGGCAUCAACGAGGUGAAGAACAAGAUUCGUCCGUCCCAAGUGGAACUGGUGCGAAGGGAUUACAUGGCAAAUGGUGGUUGGGAGACGUUUCUCGCCUAUGAAGAUCCCAAGCAAGAUAUCCUUAUUGGCUUGCUGAGAUUGCGGAAAUGCUCAGAUACACACACAUUUCGACCAGAGCUUACAGGCCAACCGACAAGUAUCGUGCGCGAGCUCCACGUGUACGGUUUAGCUGUCCCCAUCCACGGCCGGGAGAAGAGCAGGUUUCAGCAUCAAGGCUAUGGAACUCUGCUGAUGAAGGAAGCGGAGAAAAUUGCCCGAGACGAACACGGCAGCGAGAAACUAAGCGUCAUCAGCGGCGUCGGUGUCAGAAGCUACUACGAACGUCUUGGAUACACACUCGACGGCCCAUACAUGAGCAAGAUGCUCAGUUUUGAUGACGAAGAACCUGAAGACUGA